GAUUCUCAUAUCAGACCUACAGAAAGCAAUAGAAAACCAAACUGGACUGAGAUCAUAUAGGAAUCGAAGGUCGCUCUCUGGGUAUAACUACGAGGUGUAUCACUCCCUCGAAGAAAUCCAGGGUUGGAUGCAUCAUCUGAAUAAAACACAUUCAGAUCUUGUUCACAUGUUCUCUGUUGGAAAAUCCUAUGAAGGGAGACCACUGUUUGUACUCAAGUUAGGUAAAAGAUCACGGCCCUACAAGAAAGCUGUCUGGAUAGACUGUGGGAUUCAUGCAAGAGAGUGGAUUGGCCCUGCUUUUUGCCAGUGGUUCGUGAAAGAAGCUCUUCAGACAUACCAGACUGAUCCUGCCAUGAGAAAGAUGCUAACUCAGCUGUAUUUCUAUAUCAUGCCUGUAUUUAAUGUGGAUGGAUAUCAUUUUAGCUGGACAAAUGAUCGAUUUUGGAGAAAAACAAGAUCAAAGAAUGCAAGGUUUCGGUGUCACGGUGUUGAUGCUAAUCGCAACUGGAAAGUGAAAUGGUGUGAUGAAGGUGCUUCAUUUCACCCAUGCGAUGACACCUACUGUGGUCCCUUUCCUGAGUCUGAGCCUGAAGUAAAGGCUGUCGCUCAUUUUCUCCGCAAACAUCGGAAACAAAUAAAAGCCUAUUUGUCCUUCCACGCAUAUGCACAGAUGCUGCUGUACCCUUACUCUUACAAAUAUGCAACUAUUCCAAACUUCAGCUGCGUGGAAUCAGCAGCCUAUAAUGCUGUUAAUGCUCUUCAGUCAGCCUAUGGUGUAAGAUACAGAUAUGGUCCUGCAUCUAGCACUUUGUAUGUGAGUUCUGGUAGCUCUAUGGACUGGGCCUACAAAAAUGGCAUCCCCUAUGCGUUUGCAUUUGAGCUGCGCGACACCGGCCACUUUGGAUUUUUACUUCCCGAGACGCUGAUUAAACCAACCUGCACAGAGACCAUGCUUGCAGUUAAAAAUAUAACUCUUCAUCUGCUGAAGAAAUGUCAUUGA